UAAUCAGAAAACCACACACAUAUUUAAUUAUCAUACCUUCUCUCUUUACCUUAAUUUGGAGCCGAAAAAAUGUUGAGGCAAUUGGUUAAGAAGGAACAGAUGAUGCGAAUCUUCAGUUCAUCUUAUGACAGUGCAGUCAUGAAGCGCGUUUUAGCGACACAUGCACCCGAUGGUCGCCAAGUUGAUUUGGAACCACUUCUUGCUGCCAUUGAAGAAACAUUCCGUCAUGCUGUUCUUGCAGAUUUCGAUUCUGUCAUUAUCAUCACUGCACAGGGGGCGCAUAGUGGGAAUAUUCAUGCACUGCCUGGAGACUAUAAGCAAGUUUUAUUAGGGUUUGACGACAUCAUUCAUACAGUUUCUUGCGAGCUUACAUGCAAAAGCUCGGGUGGAACAGACGCGCAUACAUCCACGUUGGCAAUUCUUAACAUGCUUUCGAGUUACUCAUGGGAAGACAAGUUGGUGAUAUCAUUAGGGGCGUUUGCUAUCAUCUUUGGGGAGUUUUGGCUUGUGGCUGAAUUAUUUGCGACUAAUCCUCUUGCUAAAUCAAUCGCUUUGCUUAAACAUAUGCCAGAUGUUAUCAAGCAUUACAAUAUACUAAAAGCUCGGUUUGAUUCAAUCAAUCAACUGAUUAAGGCUAUGAUGGAUGUGACAAAGUGUAUUAUAACAUUCAAGAAUCUACCUCAUCAAUAUAUCCAGGAUGACCAACCACCCAAGUCAACAGCAACAGCUGAUCAUAUUCCCACUGCCACUUAUUGGUCCAUCAAGAGUAUGGUGGCUUGCACAUCUCAGCUAACAAGCCUUCUAGGCAUGAAUUAUGACAGGUACAUCACAGCUACCUCCGAAGCAUGUGAACUUUCAAGCUUGACUCAUAAAGUUCACAACAUUCAUGAGCACCUUAAAUCAAUCCUCGUCCUUUGCUACCAAAACAUAGAGGAAAAGCAACAAGAGGAAUAUCAUCGUACUCGCACACGAAUCAUUGAGGCGCAAAAUGAGGAACAAGCUUCAAUUAAGUUGAGUAGGACCUCAAGCGAUGUAGUUAUAUCGCAUCAAACUCAAACUCGUAAGGAAGUUGGGUCCCAUGAAGAAAACAAAUCCUCUGGCUCUGUAAUCUCACAUAGCCAAUCUAUGACUGACUUUGGUUGUGGUUCUGGCUCUGGCAUCCCACAUAAUCAAUCUAUGAGUGGAUCUGGCUCUAACUUUGGCUCUAGCUCUGUAAUAUCACAAAGCCAAUCUAUGAGUGGCUCUGGCUCUGGCUCUAUAAUCCCACAUAGUCAAUCUAUGACCGGCUCUGGCAUCUCACAUAGCCAAUCUAUGAGUGGAUCUGGCUCUAGCAUUGGCUCUAUAAUAUCACAAAGUCAAUCAAUGAGUGGUUCUGGCUCUGGCUCUCUAAUUUCACAUAGCCAAUCUAUGACUGAAUCUGGCUUUGGCUCUGUAAUCUCACAUAGCCAAUCUAUGAAUGACUCUGGCUCUAUAAUCUCACAUAGCCAAUCUAUAAGUGGCUCUGGCUCUAGCUCUAGCUCUGGCUCUAGCUCUGGCUUUGGCUCUGUAAUCUUACAUAGUCAAUCUAUGAGUGGCUCUGGCUCUGGCUCUACAAUCUCACAUCUCCAAUCAAUGAGUGGCUCUAGCUCUGGCUUUGCAAUCUCACAUCGCCAAUCUAUGAGUGGCUCUGGCUCCGCAAUCUCACAUCACCAAUCUAUGAGUGGUUCUGGCUCUGGCUCUGCAAUUUCACAUCGCCAAUCUAUGAGUGGAUCUGGCUCUGUAAUCUCACAUCGACAAUCUAUGAGUGACACCGGCUCUGGCUUUGCAAUCUCACAUCGCCAAUCUAUGAGUGGCUCUGGCUCUGCAAUCUCACAUCACCAAUCUAUGAGUGGUUCUGGAUCUAGCUCUGCAAUUUCACAUCGCCAAUCUAUGAGUGGAUCUGGCUCUGUAAUCUCACAUCGACAGUCUAUGAGUGGCACUGGCUCUGUAAUCUCACAUCGCCAAUCUAUGAAUGACACUAGCACUGGCUCUGUAAUCUCACAUAGUCAAUCUAUGAUUGGAUUUGGCUCUGGCUCUGGCUCUGGCUCUAUAAUCUCACAUAGCCAAUCUAUGGCUACCACUGGGUCCGCCACUAUAAUCUCUCAUAGCCAAUCUAUGACGCGAGUAGUUCGAAGUAGUAGUUUGGAUAUCCACACCACUCAUACAACAUCACGUUAAUUAGGGAUGGAGAAUCACACUUAAAUACUCGCAUAGAUGUUGUGUCUUGAAGCCAAGUUAUGCUUAUCGAGAUUUUACUGGAAUACGUACCACAUCAAUAUAUUGAUGUUGGAUGACGCUUUCCAAGACAUGCAUAUAUAAUCAAUUACUAUUAAUUAGUUGUUGUUGAUUAAACCUUACGCACGUACAUCAAAUUGUGGAGGCUUGGGCUUAGUAACACCCGCUCGAUUGAUAUAAUGAAUGUUCUGAAAUUUGUAUGUUUGGAAUGAAUUUCUGCAUUGGUAUUUCUUUUGAGUUGUGAACUUAUACUUACUUACAUUUGACUAGACUGUACGUGUACCUAAGAAUUUCGAAAUCGUUGUUUGGUAUGAUGGGUAUAUAUUAAUGGAGGAUUAUAUAAA